UUUAUACCCAGUGAAGGGCGAUACAAAGUCAAGUGCCUGCCAGUUCCACCAGAAGCAAAGGAUCUGAAUCCAAAGAAAGAUCAUGGGAAUUCUCUAUUCAGAGCCUAUUUGUCAGGCAGCAUACAAUAAUGACCUGAAUGAAGUUCAGCUCCUUUUGAAUGAAGACGGCGAUUAUUUGAACAUCCAGGACAGCUGCUGCGGAGACACACCACUAAUCUGUGCCUGCAAACAGGGACAUAACAGAAUAGUUAGUUACCUUCUGAAAAGAAAUGCUGAUGUAAACAUCAAAAAUAACAGAGAGCGAACGUGUUUGCAUUACGCUGUCAGAAAACGGUUCAACUACCUUGACUACCUUCUCAUUAUCAUCCUAAUGCCUGUUUUACUUCUUGGGUAUCUCCUCAUGGUAUCUAAAAGUAAGCAGAAUGAAAACCUUGUCAAGAUGUUACUCAGAGCUGGAGUAGAUGUCAAUGCUACAGAUGAUUCAGGAAGAACAGCUCUUCACUAUGCAUGUGAAAUGAAGAACCAGUCCAUCGUUCCUUUACUAGUCGAAGCAGGUGCUGAUCUUUCCAUAAAGAAUAAGGAUGAUGAAACACCACUGGAUAUAGCAAGAAGACUGAAGUUCAUUGACAUAGAAUCCAUAUUAAAGAAAGAAUGGUAGACCGUAAUGGGAUAUUUACAAGGUUGUUAGAAAAAAACUGUUACCUGCUUUGGAAAUUCAUUCUGAUAAGUG